GCUCAUUCAAUUUUUUCUUCUUGGGAGUUUCCUUGUAAACUAAUCAUUUUCUUUCCAUUAAUCAAUCAAAAUGUUAAGAACUGCCACUCAAUUCAGAGGUGUUGCUUCAAGACCUCUUAAAUAUACCCAAUUCUUGAGAUAUAAUAGUACCACUGGUAAAUAUGAUGCCGUCGUUAUUGGUGGUGGACCAGGUGGUUACGUUCAUGCCAUUAAAUUGGCUCAAUUAAACUUGAAAACUGCUUGUAUUGAAAGCAGAGGUGCUUUAGGUGGUACUUGUUUAAACGUUGGUUGUAUUCCUUCAAAAUCCUUAUUAAAUAAUUCUCAUUUAUAUCAUCAAAUUACUCAUGAAGCUAAAUCAAGAGGUAUUGAUAUCAAUGGUGAUAUUAAUGUUAACAUUGCCAACUUACAAGCUGCCAAACUAAAAGCCGUUAAAGGUUUAACUGGUGGGGUUGAAAUGUUAUUGAAGAAAAAUGGUGUUGAUUAUUAUAAAGGUCAUGGUUCUUUUGUUGAUGAAAAUACCGUUAAUGUUAAAUCAAUCGAAGGUAAAGAUGAUGUGAAAUUGACUGCCGAUAACAUCACCAUUGCCACUGGUUCUGAACCAACUCCUUUCCCUGGUAUUGAAAUUGAUGAAGAACGUAUUGUUUCAAGUACUGGUGCUUUAGAAUUAAAAGAAGUUCCUAAAAAAUUGGCCAUUAUCGGUGGUGGUAUCAUUGGUUUAGAAAUGGCUUCUGUCUGGUCUAGAUUAGGUAGUGAAGUUACCGUUAUCGAAUUCCAAAACGCUAUUGGUGCUGGUAUGGAUUCUGAAGUUGCUAAAACUACUCAAAAAUUAUUAGCUAAACAAGGUUUGAAAUUCAAAUUAGGUACUAAAGUUACUAAAGGGGUUAGAGAAGGUGAAUCAGUUAAAAUUGAAGUUGAAAAUGUUAAAUCUGGUGAAGUUGAAAACUUAGAUGCUGAUAUUUUAUUAGUUGCCAUUGGUAGAAGACCUUAUACUAAAGGUUUAAAUGCUGAAGCAAUUGGUUUAGAACAAGAUAAUAAAGGUAGAUUAGUUAUUGAUUCUCAAUUUAGAACUAAGCAUCCUCAUAUUAGAGUCAUUGGUGAUGUUACUUUUGGUGCUAUGUUGGCUCAUAAAGCUGAAGAAGAAGGUAUUGCUGCUGCUGAAUAUAUCAAACACGGUCAUGGUCAUGUCAAUUAUAACGUCAUUCCAUCUGUCAUGUACACUCAUCCGGAAGUUGCUUGGGUUGGUGCUAAUGAAGAACAAUUGAAAGAACAAGGUAUUAAAUAUAAAGUUGGUAAAUUCCCAUUCAUUGCCAACUCAAGAGCUAAAACUAAUUUAGAUACUGAUGGUUUUGUUAAAUUCUUAGCUGAUGCUGAAACUCAACGUGUCUUGGGUGUUCAUAUCAUUGGUCCAAACGCUGGUGAAAUGAUUGCUGAAGGUGGUUUGGCUUUAGAAUACGGUGCUUCUACCGAAGAUAUUGCCAGAACUUGUCAUGCCCACCCAACCUUAUCUGAAGCUUUCAAAGAAGCUGCUUUAGCUACUUUCGAUAAACCAAUCAAUUUUUAAUAAUAGUUUUAUAGAUUGAAACGAUUUAUUAGAAUUACUCAUUUGAAAUAUCUCAGUAAAGGCACUUGAAAGAUACAAAAAGAAAAAAAAAUCUCAUAAAUAAAAUUUUCGACAUACAUUUUGUCUUCUUAAUUUAUAUAUACUAGGUCCUCAUAAGAU